CCUUUUUUUUUUUAUAAACUUUUCUCAUGUGUGCAAUCCAUCCCAUACAAACAUUCUAGUUGAUUAUCUGUUCAUGAAAUUGAUUUUUUUUUUAGUUUUUUAAAUAUGAAUAAUUCCAUGUCCCGCCAAACUUCUAUAUGUCAGUCGCCCGUUGACCUUUGUCCUCCUUGUCCCUCGCACGACAAGCCUGCGGUUUCCUUGAACUUUCUUCUCCUUGUUCCGACCGUUUCAUGUCCAAAUGCAGGACAGUUCCGUAGUUUAGCAUCUGGGUCGUCGCCUGCCGCAACUCCGAGCCUGCUCACAUCCCGCCGUACAAAACGAGAUCUUGCUCGCUACUUGGGCGACACCCAUCUACGCCCUCUUGCUCUGUUCGUAGUGUGGAUGGCGAUUCAUCUGAGAAAGCUCGCUGCUUUGGGUGCUCCCCACCUUCUUUUGAAGACGAAGCGCCCGGAAAAAUUGAAUCUUUUGGCUGCGUUCGCUAUGGGAAGCGCUCGGAGCGUGUCCACAUGUGCAGCUGAUGCAAGUGCCCCCAGUGAUGGGACAAGUUACCAGGAAUUUCAGAGAUGGCCAAACGGAGGUGGAACUUUCCAUGAGUCUGCUUGCAUUGAUCCUACUGCACUCAUUGAAGUGGGUGCUGUCGUACAUCCAAAAGCAGUGCUGUGUGCACAUGUACGUGUGGGAUCAGGAACAGUUAUUGGACCUGAUGUUACAGUUGGCCAGUCAACGAAGAUUGGGUACAAUGUUUCACUGGGUAAUUGCACUGUUGGUGGAUCAUGCAUAAUCCACAAUGGAGUAUGCGUUGGUCAAGAUGGAUUUGGAUUUCUUGUGGAUGAGUCUGGAAACAUGUUGAAGAAACCUCAAAUGCUGAAUGCUAGGAUAGGGGAUAAUGUGGAGAUUGGUGCAAAUACAUGUAUUGAUAGAGGCAGUUGGAGAGACACGGUCAUUGGGGAUUGGUCAAAGAUAGAUAAUUUAGUUCAGAUUGGUCACAAUGCAGUUAUUGGGAAAAGUUGCAUACUCUGUGGCCAAGUUGGAAUUGCUGGUUCAGCAACUUUAGGAGAUUAUGUGACUCUAGGUGGAAGGGCAGCUGUUCGCGAUCAUGUAUCUAUUACAUCAAAGGUGCGUCUAGCUGCAAACAGCUGUGUCACCAAGGACAUAAAAGAGCCUGGGGAUUAUGGUGGCUUCCCGGCUGUGCCAAUAGGUAUCUGGAGAAGACAAGUUGUUGCCCGCAGUUGGUCUUGAAGGAGAGGUGUUCCACGGAGUUUGCUAAUGAUAUAAGAUUCCAGUCAUUUUAACAUUGUCCUUCCUAUGUUAAAAUAUCAUGCGAAGGUUGGCUCUGCUCUGCCCCACAGCCAGCCCAAAGAGGAAGGUGUUAUAGGAGCAUUGUUUAGAAUAUUGUUUUGUUAGGAACAUAUUCUUUCUUUUUGGCGAACAGCAGUCAGGUAUGAAACUUCCCGAUUGUAGGUCCGCAGGUCCCGCUGGUUGCUUUAGUGCUCAAUCAAGUUUUCAAGC